AUGGAGGUGAUCAACACUGAUGUUCUGCAAUCUGAGUCAUCAUCUGAUGAAGGGAAAAUGAGUACAAGAAGAAAUAAAAUUCGGGCUGCAGAAAAGGCACACAUAAAUGAUGCAGCUCAAGUGAGUGACCCUUUCUAUAUACUUCAAAGAUUCUCAAGUUCUCAAGAAGCAAAAGACAGAAUUUACUUACAUGCGAUAGAGACAAGAAGAGAAUUGGAUAUGGUCAAGAAUGAUAAAAACAGGGUUAGGGUAGUAUGUAAAGGAACAAUACCAAAUAUGGGGAUACUUGAGACUUCUGGGAAAGGUGGGCCAAGUCAAAGGAACAUAAAUGGUGGAACCAGUCAAACAGGUAAAAAAGGAGGACCAAGUAAAAAAGAAAAGUGCAGUGGAAGUAGGCCAAAAAAGAAAAGAAGAAGAUCUGCUACUGAAGAUGAUAGUGCUACCGGGACCAGAACAGUUAGAUAUGCAAAGUGUGGAAAUGUUGGGCAUAAUGGAAGGAGUUGCAAGGGGCAGACAGUGGGAGGAUCACAGGCCAGUGGUAGUGAUGUGGGACAGAAUGUUGGUGGUAGUGAUGUGGGACAGAAUACUUGUGUGAGACAGAACUCAGGUGCUGUGAACAAGGGGAAAAGUCCGAUGGUUUAG